GACCAGACCUCAAAACUUCCCAGUUCCCACACGACGCUGAAUCCCCCGAAAGCCCCCAAAAUCCGACCCCCAUUCCUACUCUGCCGUCCACGCCCCGAGAUGCCGCCAACCGAGGACGCCUCCACCGCCGGCCCCCCGCCGGCACCGACCCCUCCACCCGCUCGUGGGAUGGCGGCCGGUUCGCGGUUGCUGCUGCAGUCGCCACCGCCCGCUUUCCCGCUCGGCUCCAACGACGACCAGCUCGAGCGCGCCCGCGCACGCGCCGCGGCCCGGGCGGCCUCCGUCCGCCGACGCUCUCUCGCCGCCUCGCUCGCGCCCAAGACCCCGCACCCUAACCUCCUCAACCGGGACGAGGUUAUGGACCUAUUCCAUAACUGCAUCAAGCUCGCAUCGGAGAACAAAAUCAACCAGAAGAAUACGUGGGAGCUGGGCCUCAUCGACCACCUCAGCGAGAUCAUCCAGGCUGGGGAGGAGAUGGACGACGAGACCAACUUCCAGAAAGCUAGCUGCACGCUGGAGGCCGGCGUGAAGAUAUACUCCCUGCGUGUGGAUUCUGUGCACUCUGAGGCUUACAAGGUGCUCGGUGGGAUCAACCGCGCUGUAAGGGGGGAAGAGGCUGGUCUGGGGGAAGGUGGUGAUUCAGAGCCUGCACAAGAAGAAGGCAUCAACAAAAAGGACGUCGAUAGGAGGAUUUCACCUGCUUCGACAUUGGAGUCCUCGUUUGAGACUCUUAAUGUGAAGAAGUUUGAUGUUGCCUUCACGGUCGAUCCUCUAUAUCAUCAAACCACUGCUCAGUUUGAUGAAGGUGGAGCGAAGGGUCUCUUAUUGUAUAACCUUGGAGUAUAUGGCAGUUGCUGUGUGCUUUUUGAUUCAUUCGAAGCUCCAGAUAAACUCGUCUUAUCUGAUAUGCAAGCUGAAAAGGCUGAUGCGAUUGAUCUUUCAUUUGCUAAAGAACAAAUUGAGCAAAUGACACUUCACAUGCCUCUAUGCAACGAUAUCUCUCCUACAUUGAGGGAUAUUGUAGCUCAGUUUGAUGAAGAGAAUCAAAGGCCAUCACAUGAUGCAUCUUUGGGGCAAAUGCCAGUGAUGGAAGAUCAGGUUGUUGACAGUAAUAACACUGAUAAUGAUGACAUACCUGAUUCUGGAACUUGGGAUUUUGGUGGUUGUGAUGAUCAUGAGAGUGCAUGUGAUGAAAAGUGCGACCCACUGAAUUUCAACUCAACAAGCUACAAAGAGGGAAACGAUGAGUACACUUUCCAGGGUCCUGAUGGUCCUUGUCUAGAUGAAAGGCUCGAGAAAUUUACAGAUUUGUUGUCACUUGGCAUUGGCUUUUCUUCAAAGACAAAUGCUUGGGCAGGACCCGAGCAUUGGAAGUAUCAAAAAGCUAAAGGUACAAGUCAGCCUGCCCAAACUCCAUCUGGUGAUUUGGAUGUAGCAAAAAAGACAAAGAAAAAAAGAGGCAAAGACGAGCCUGAUAUUGAUUUCACCAAAGCAUUGGAACUUGAGAUGGCAUCUGUGUUUGCACCUCCCAAGAACCCAAAGUCAUUGCUGCUGCCUGCAAAUAAGGGUAGCUGCAGCAAUAAACUUCCAGAGGAUUGUCAUUACCAACCUGAAAGCCUUGUUAAAUUACUUCUUCUUCCAGAUAUUUUGUGUCUGGCUCGGAGAAGAAGAAAACCACUUGACAUUUCAAGGGGCAACGAUGAUGACUUUAUCCCAUCUGGACCUUGGGAUGAUGAUAACUUGUGCAGUGACCAUGCAGAUGAAGGGAAUGCCGAUAGUGAUAUUGAAGAGCCAGUAAAUCUUAUCACUAAACCAAGACAGGUCAACAAGAUUGAUAUACAGUAUGACAAGAUAUCAAAACAAAUUGAUGUUCAUGCCUUGAAGGAAGUGCUCUGGAAUCACAUUCACAUGUCUGCUGAGACCGAUCAUCUGGAAAGAGAGGACACAGAAGGAACCCUGUGCCUGACGAAGGUACUACACGAUCUUCCAAGCAGUAACCCAGAUGCUCUAAGGACGGAUAUAUCGCCGCACCUUUAUUUCAUUUGCCUCUUGCAUUUGGCAAAUGAACACAGCUUGACGUUGCGUGAUCGUCCAACGUUGGAUGAAAUCGACAUAUACGUUCCGAGUUCAGCGCCUGUGAAGUAACCCUGUGGCUUUGUCGUUCAUUGUGUUGUUGUACGUGCUAUCUUAAUGUCUUAUAACGAUGCCUUGUCGUAUCAUUAUAACUAACUUAUGAUGGUUGUAUUUGAUGUCAUCCCUGGACUCUGAUCGAUAGAGAUUUGUCAGAACGUACUUUGUUGGAGGCCUGUGUAGCAUUAUGAUGGGAUGUUAAUCGACGAUUUUUUGUAGCCAGUUUGCUGGCAAUCUGUACUCAACCUUUUUUUUAGGAAAUCUGUACUCACCUUGGGUGUGCCUGCCUUAUCAAA